UACAUGGCGUGCGCGUGCAGUCCAACCACUAGAGGACAAGCGCCGCAGUCGACGGUGUGUCAGAGCAAGCCAGCCGCUGGAGUCGAUUAUAACCUUACAAUUCGACGAUUCACAAGAAACUGCGGUGUUGAAUCCAGUAUUACAGACUCCGGCGUAGAAGAGAGAAGUCACCAUGGGGCGUGUGUGGGGUUUGAUCGCCCUUUUGAUGUGCUUUUAUCGAGCUAACGCAUUGGCAGCAGGGUUCAUCAAGUGUCCCCUGUCCCUGACCAAGAUCGUCUCUGGCUGGGCGGAGCUGCACUGUGAGGUGGUGGGCUCUCCCCUCCCCGAGGUGCAGUGGUGGUUCAUAGAAGGCCACGAGCCCAACGAGACCUUCACUCAGUUGUUUGACGGCGCGCGGGACGACCGCGUGCGAGUGAACGCCACGUACCUCGCGCACAGCACGAGCACCAUCCAUCUCACUGACCUCGGCCUCCACGACACGGGCACCUACGAGUGUCGCGCCUCCAACGACCCCGACCGCAAUGAGCUGAAGAAGACGCCCAAAAUCAAGUGGAUCCGCUCACAGGCAAACGUUAUUGUGAUUGAAAGACCAAACAUCAUCGCUGAGCCCUUUGAAGUCGUCAACCAGACCUCCGCCGUCCUCCGCUGCAACCUCACCGAGACUACCCUCCCAGUCCAGGGCUCCCACUGGUUGUUGAACGGAAAGGUCCUCGAAAAUUCAAAGUCCACUGAACCCACUCCAUUCACUUCCCUUUCGUUGGAUAAGAUCACUACGCACUCCGGUGGGAAGUACGAGUGUGUGUUCCUGACCGACCCACCUGUGCAGCAGGCCGUCGAAGUCAAAACACCUCCUCACGUCGUCGCCUACAAACACUCUGAGAACGGCGACGAGAACGACAAGAUCCUGCUGACCUGUGUGAGCCACGGCUACCCUCUCCCCAGCGACUGGUCCUGGUCCAAGACCCAGGCAGACGGCUCACUGGUGCCCAUCGUCAACAACACGGCAGAAAAGUACGAGAUCAAGAGCACCCCCAACAAGACGACCCUGGCCAUAACGGCCCUGAGCAUUGAGCUGGACAAGGGGGAGUACGUGUGCACCGGGAUCAGCGACCUGGGGGCCACCAGCGACCGCAUCCAGCUGCGCGUCCGCAGCCGUCUGGCUGCCGUCUGGCCCUUCCUGGGCAUCGUGGUGGAGGUCAUCAUCCUGGUCACCAUCAUCUUCAUCUACGAGAAGAGGAGAAAGCCCGACGAGAUCCAAGACGAUGACGACUCAGGAUCUGCUCCCCUGAAGAGCAAUUCUGACACAAACCACAAGGAAAAGAAUGUCAGGCAAAGGAAUUCUAACUAGGAAGAAGAUGAAAGCGGGUGCCCAUCUGGAUGAAAACGAUCCAGGAUUUUAAAAGCAUUUGACGCAUACGUGGAUUAUUAUGUAGUGCUACCUGCAAUUUUUAAAAUUAAUUUCUGUGCUUGAGUGAUGUUGUGAAAAAUGGAAAGAUGAAUUGUUUUAAUAUAUAGCCCUAUAUAAAAUGCAGUCAGGGAACAUACUUCCACUUUGUUUUUGCCAUAGUUCAAAUAUUGCAUGCAUUUUAUUGCUGUUCUUGCUAAGUGUUUGUAGUGAAUAAACAAAAGUGGAAAGUUAUAUUUAUGGUUAUUUUAACGGUUAAUGCUUCCUAUAGUGACCCUCACAGUUUCAUACUCCGUACUACUGUAUCUGUGGGAUUGAAAGACCAACACUUGACUGGCAGCACCAAGCCCGGUUUUGAAAAGGGCCUGAUGUGUUUUUCAUCCAAGCAACACUGCCGUUUUCUUUUUUCAGCAAUAACCAAAACUCUCCUCACAUUUGUGUACUACCCUCACGCCAUGCAGAAACCACCCAUGGUAGUUCUAUAUUUUGCCUUAACAGAUUUUACUCUCUCCUGCUUUCCAAGAUCAUUUCGUUUUUUGUUUUCUAGUUGCGCUGUUUCAGUCACGUGUAUAAUUUAAUGCAUGUAUGAGUACAAUGAAUUCAAGCCGGCCAUGUUUUCUGCUGAUAUUAGUGCUCUGGUGAGAAGGUGAAAUAUUAGUGACCUGAACCUCAAGCAUUUGAUUUACUCGUGUUUUGGUUUGAUGCUUUCCCUGCCAUGUGCACACCCACAUUAACAACCCAUUAAGGACCAAGUGCAUGAUGUUUAACAUUUAUAAGUUAGAAAAUAACCAAAUCUAAAGUACAGAGUCUAACAGUUUGAUUCGAGAAAUGUAUCUUGACUAUCAGGAGUUUUCAGUGUUAUCCGAGAUGGCCAUGAACGGAAAUGUGCCAGUCUUUUGACUACUUAGUCAAUUCAGAAGCCAUACAAUGACUUGACCUGAAUUGUAUUAUGACUAAAUGUGUUUUAAACUUGGUAAGUAUGAAAGCUCUGGUCAAAUGUGUAAAUUGCCUAAUGCAAAUUGGACAAUAUUGGUUGAAACUUCAAUUUGAAUAAAAUACAUUUGA